AUGGGUGAAAAGGAUAGCCCUACAUCCAUCUCCGAGAUUUGGGAGACUGCACGACGGGAGUUCGAGCGAUUGACCGGCAAACAACUUCAGCCGACUUCGGCCGCUUCAUUGCAACACAUUCGCGACACGAUCGAAGCCUCUCGUUCAUCCAAAGACCCCGAUGUUGACAAGGCAAAGCAAGCCGGCCUACGGAUUAUAAAAUGCAUACAGCUACUUGGUGGAGUGGCCUCUCAGGCCGCGUCGCUGGUCUUUCCUCCGGCAGGUGUCUGCUUCAGCGCUUUAUCUUUUCUCCUUGACAUUCCGCCGAAGCUUCAUGGCUUCCAUGCUGCCGUCGAUGGCAUCUUCAUCGAAGUUGAGCCCACACUAGUGCAAUUCGAAAUGUAUCGAGAUAUCGAGAGCAAGGACGUAGUCCACCCCGACAUGGUCUUGGCCAUCAACAAGGUCAUGAUCAGCUUCGUGACUCUCUGUGCCCACUGCAUUAAUUUCAGAGAUGGCGGCUUCCUAGUCCGACUCAAGGCCAACUUGAAAAAGGCCAUGUUUGACGAGGCGGCAAUUCAAGGCGAGCUCGCGCACUUCAAGAGCUUGAUUCAAACCCAGAAGAUCAUUGAAGGCACCUGGACUAUCCAGCAGGUCAUCGAAACCAAGCGAUCAUUACUUCUGGUCAAAGAUGAUACCGAAAAGAUUAUAAAGUCUACGGACGACAUUAAGGACAAGGUCGGGAAUCUGUCCGCAGAACAACAGAAGCGUCGAACCGAGCAGACGACCAAGAAUCACCUCGAGAAAAUUCGAAAUACCCUUGGAAUCUCAGAAAACGAAGUCACAAGCGCAAUCAACGUCUGUGACAACUUGUGGAAGAGUACCGUCAAGGGAAGUGGAGAAUGGUUGAACCAAAUGGAUGAGUACGUGAAUUGGGUCAAGAAGGAUCCUCCAGAGACCAGUCCUUUGCUGCUCUUGACUGGUGAAGGUGGCUCCGGAAAGUCAGUUCUUGCAUCAGUUGUCUAUAAAAAUCUUGACAAACGGUCAUCUUCUUUGACUCAGGAGACAGGGCGUACACUGGUCCAAAGCGAUGGACGCACGCUGGUCGCAUAUUAUGCGUUUGCCCCCACAGGCAAGAUCGACGACGACAAAACACCUGCCGAAACAGCACUCAAGUCUCUGUGUAUCCAAUUUGCUCUACAGGAUGCUGCAUAUGCAAAGCACCUAGCCGAGAGCUUCAAGGACAAUACGGAUGGGGCUAAGGACGGAUCAGAUACUGUCAAAGAGCAAGCCAAAGAUGCGAAAUACUUCCGUGAUGCAGACUGCCAACAACUCUGGACUGAUUUGAGACUUGGAGCUCCUACACAAACUGCAACACAUUUUUUGCUGCUUGAUGGGAUUGACAACCUCCCAGCCAAUAAGCUUCAGGAACUCGGGAGUAUCUUCCAAGGAUUUAGUGAGGUACAGGCCGCAGAGCCUCGCAAGGAAACACGCAAUGGAGCCAGAGUGCUUGUGUGCGGAAGCCUACAGAAGCUGGAAAAUCUGGGAGAAGCACCAGGUGGAGGAUUACAAUUUCCCACAAUUGAUGUUGGGUCUUGCAACGGGGAUGAUAUCGACAAAUACAUUGAGCGGGAACUGCAAAACUCGGAUCUAUUCCAAGCAGCCAAUGCGCAGAAUCGACGGCUCAAAGAGGACGUGCAGACCGCACUUAAGACACGAGCGGAAGGCUCUUUUACCCAAGUGCGAAGCGACAUUGGCAUGGUCAAGGGUAUUGUAGAGUCUGAGAUGACAGAGGACGAUCUGAAGAAAGCUUUGAGCGCAACCAAGAAGAACGCAAAGGCUACAGUUACCGACGAUAUUGCAUCGUUGGAGGCUCUGCCUAACAACCAAAAGCUUAUCGACGAGGUGAACGAACUGCUCCUCUGGGUCGAUCUUGGGCCUUACUAUUACAGUGUCGAGGAACUCGAGGGAAUCCUCUUCCUUCGAUUUGAAGCGACUUCUCUCAAGUCUCUGCGAGAGAAGCUUCAGGGAACCUACACAAAGCUUUUCAUUAUUGAUUCGGACGGAGAGGUCUUGCUACAAGACCAUGUCAAAGACUAUGUCAAGCUCGAGGAUCGAGCCGAGAAGCGAGCCUCCAACGAACGAACAAUCAGCAUCAACAUUACAAUCACCAAUGCUGAUUCGGAAAGCAUUCAGCGCUUCUUCUGGGACCUGGGCCGAUUUGGGGCUGUCGAUCAGUUCAAGUUCGCCCCAACUGGCAUAUCCGCUGAUUCUUCUUCCGGCUUUGGUCCCACUCAGAAGAAACGUAUUGGUAUCAACGACACCGACUCCCAUAUGAUCAUGCUCAAGUCUGUGUUCUCACUCAUUUUCAAUCCACCAAAUGAGACGACAGAGCUUGUGGGACCCAAACUUUUGGCCGGUCUAACGUCUCAUCUGGACAAGUUGCGCGUUGCAACGGAGGCUGAUGAGUUGAGCGCCGAGGAGAGACGUUUCAUUGCCAGGAACGUCCUCGAUAUCUUCUAUGAUCCUGAGCACCUUGAAAAUCAUUGGAAGAGCACUGAGCUGCUUGGUUGGAUGGAGAAUCAAUCCGAAAUGGACUACAUCUGGGGUUGGCUUAAGGACCCUGUAGCCAUCAGCAAGCUCGAAGCACCAAAGGCAGAGUGGCUCGCUGCUGCAACUGAUGAUUGGAAUCCAACGAGGAAAUUGUUGACCCCAUUCAUGAAAAUGCUUGCCCGUCGAUGGUUACAGGACAGAGAAUGGCAGCCCCUCCGGCCAUGUGCUACAAUUUUGAAUGCACUGAUAAUGACUUCAGAAGACAACCGAGGUCUCUCCGAUGCUGUCAACGUGGAGAAUGACGCAUAUAUGUCUAUCAAACGCGACGAACUCGAUCAAAUCCGCCCCUUGCUGAUUGAGAAAGCGUCCAACUGGAGCAAAGCUGCUCUUGAAAUUGAAGAGACCGACUUCGUGUGGCAUGUUCGACUUGGAGAGACCUAUAAUGGGUGCCAACAACCAGAGAAAGCCCGUGAAGAAUAUGGAAAAGCCGCCAAAAUACUUCAUGAUAGCGAAGCAUCCGGAAGUGAGAUUGAGAAGAACGAGCUUCGUGAUAUCUUCCUCCAAAUGGGGCGAUUGUCUUCGGGUGAUGAAGAGCUUGAGUACUACGAGAAGGCUCGUGAGCUUGAUCCCGAGAACAUCGAGACUCGGUAUCGCAUUCUCAAAAACCGCAUUUCCAAUUGCACGGCCGACGGACAGGCAGCCGUGGUUCGGGAGGCACUCACCACCGAAGAUGGAUUACACCCAGACCUCUUGGAGCCUAUUCUGGGGCUGGUCAUUGAUGACUACAAAGUUGAAGUUGACAAUGAAUUCCCCAUAUUCACGAUCUUCAACGCAGUUAUCUCCGGCGCAUCGCUCAUUCCGGAAUGCUGGCCAGAGCUACUUCAAUGCAUGGAUAGAGCAAUUGAAAGGGCGGAGAGUGAAAGCAGUCCCGACGAUCUUGCGAUUCUGCAUCUGCAUAAGGGUAUUGCGGCUUCCCUUUGUGGCGAGGACUACGCGUCGACGAAAUCUGAAGUGGAGCACUGGCAGGAGUGCUGGGCAGUUGCACGCGACAAUGGCUACGUGAAACCGACUAGCACUGCCACUGCACUUCUGGUCGGUGAAAACAGUGAUACCAGAAGUCUUUCCAGCUAUCUCUUGAUUCUCGUUGGCGAUAUACUCAGCAAGUAUCACUUUGACCAGACAUGCCUCUUAAUGGAUGGAGACGAACAGUCCUACCAGAGCCAGAUCACAGAACUUGUGAAAAUUGCCACGGAUCAAGUACCAGAUGGAAUGUCAGGCUGGACAAAAGCCAAAUGCUACCUUGCUUCUCAAUACGUAUUGUGUGAUCAGGUCGCCCAGGCCCAGGCACUCUUCCGAUGGGACAUGGCGGUCGUGUUCAACAUUCUCACGGAUGAUGAUUCAGGCAAUGACUGGGUGGGCUACAGCAAGCUUGCCCAUCUCUUGACCCACGUUGGUGACUAUGCAAACGCCGGAGUAGCCUACAAGCUCAUUCCCAGCGCGUUCCUGAACCAAGAGAUCCUAACAGAACUUUUGAAUAUCGGCGAUGAAGCCGCAGCCGCGGCAGCAACCAAGCAAAUCACCGACUUCUAUGCUUCCAACUGCUCAGAAGGCGAAAUCCCCCUGAACCAGGUGACCACACUCCAGAGCGAGGUUACCAGACUCUCCGAGCAAGCAACCGACGAGGACUCUCAGCACUGGAAGGAGAUUGCCCGCAUUCUGAAGGAAUUCAACGAUGUCCUGCAGCUGGAAUGGUACAUCCAAUGCGACAGCUGCCAGGCGCACUGCGGCUUCGACGAGUCCUACUGGGCCUGUGGAUUCUGUUUCUGCACACACUUCUGCGAGAGCUGUUACCAGAAGAUCUCUGAUAAGGAGAAGACAUCUAAAGAACGGCGUAACUUGCUCGUGUGUAGCGAGACGCACAACUGGUUCCGCCUGCCCGUCUGGGACGCAAAGAGGUUUGCGUGGGCAUGCCGUGGUAAACUUCCGGCUGUUGAGAGGGAUGGUGAGAUUGUGAUCUCGACGGAGGGUGAAGCCAUUACUGUGAGGAAGUGGUUGGGAUACCUGUGUGGUAAAUGGGAAUUGAAUAAGGAAGACUGGGAGUUUGAAUGA